UCUUCAGUGAAAGAUUUUCUACAGGAAUGUCUGCAAAAGGAACCAAAUUUGAGGCCAUCCGCGUCUGAGCUGCUUCAGCAUCCUUUUUUAACUGGGAAACAAGGGAAAUCUCAGUCUGGUGGUCAUACUGCUUCUAUGGAAAUGAGUUCCUUUCAGGGGUGUCAUGAAGUUAUUAACCCCAUCAUGGAACUGGAAGGAGUGGUAUCCAUAGAGUCUGAAACAUGUGAUGAAGAUAUUGGUAGCACUUGGAGCGACCAUAGUUCCGACUCCAAUAAUCCAGCCGCUCACGCCAAUAAACAUAUCUUUUCAAUAUUCUUUAGAAAGUUUAAGAGACCAACAAUAACUCCUAGUCAUGGAUCUACAAAGGGCAAGUUCAGCUAUGCAUCUAUCAAGUUGGCCACAUGCAACUUCUCUGAGGAAAACAAGCUCGGACAAGGGGGAUUUGGAUGUGUGUAUAAGGGAAUCGUGGAGACUGGACAACAGGUAGCUGUGAAAAGGCUUUCACUAUAUUCAGGGCAAGGAUUUUCGGAGUUUAAUAAUGAACUGAGAACUAUAGGUGAACUCCAACAUAGAAACGUUAUUCAGAUUGUAGGAUAUUGCAUUCAUGGUGAUGAGAGAAUAUUAAUAUACGAGUUCAUGCCAAAAGUGAGUUUGGACUACUAUUUACGAGAUUCAUCCAAAAGCUUGCUACUAGAUUGGAGGAAGCGAUUCAAUAUAAUUAAAGGACUUACUCAAGGAUUGGUUUACUUGCACGUAUACUCCAGAAUUAGAGGAAUUCACAGAGAUAUAAAACCCAGUAAUAUUCUACUUGAUUAAAGUUUUAAUCCCAAAAUUUCUGAUUUUGACACGUGAUAGAAAGAAAGCAAAAACUAGACGCAUUGCUGGGACAUGUGGUUACAUGGCUCCUGAGUACGCAUCCUUGGGAAUUUUUGGAGUAAAAUCUGAUGUCUUUAGUUUUGGAGUGGCAAUGCUUCAAAUUCUAAGUGGUAGAAGUAGAAGAUAUUCUGACGUCUCCAAAACUCUUGCCUGGGAUCUACCAGUCUAUGCAUGGGAGUUGUGGAAAAAAGGUGCAGGGCUAGAACUAAUGGAUCCAAUGCUAGGCAAUUCUUGUAUUAACAAAGAUCAAUUCUUAAGAUGCUUGCAUGUUGGUCUACUAUGUGUGGGGGCAAAUGCAGAUGAUCGGCCAACCAUGUCAGAUGUGAUAUCUAUGUUGACAAUUAAAAGUGUGCAAUUACCUCUGCCAAAAAGGCCAGGAUAUGGUAUAGGAAAUGAAUCAGAAAUUUCAUCAACAGAUGACAUGUAAAAGUUCUGAUUUUGAUGGGGAAGGUGUGAUGGGAGUGAGAUCAGUGAGCGAAGAAGAUGUGGCGACACUGUCUCUGGAAUGAUGGAGAUCCUGGAAAGGUGGACAGUAUGAUGAAAGGCUAAGGUGAUAGUGAUGGAAGGUUCAAAGGGGGAAAUCAUAGCCAAAACUUCAAGUAUUUGUACCUUGGACCUGGAGCUGAUGACCGAUGAGUACAUUGGAAAGAAGAAGCAAAAGAACAAGCACCCUCUGAGUCUCAAAAGGCGAGCUAUGGACCUGAGCCACUUGAAGAACCUGAAUGGUAGUUACCAACUGCUACAGGUACAAGCUGAGUUUUGAUCGUCUGUGCUCACUUCCCAAUCAGUGCCUUGCAGAAUAGGAUUGAUCAUUCUUAGUUGUUGUUGAGACCGAAAUUUUCACAAACCCAAAGUAAAAAAGUGGUUCGAUGCAAAAAUGAGAAUCCAGUAGCUUUCAAGUUGGUUAGCUUGAUUAUCUCCAAAGCAUGAUAAUGUAUAGGUUUGUUGUGACCAAAGAAAGAAGAGUUCUAAUUGUCUUCAAAUGCAUGACAGAAACUCUAUCUUCAAAACAAGUAAAUAAAAAAGAAGAAGAAAGCAACAGAACAAAUCAUGCAUGCAUCACGUGGAUUGGUACUCAAUGCAUCAGAAUUCAAAUUUAGAAUCUUGGAUAAUCUUCCCAUCUUGCAAAUUCAAGACCGAGUCAAUGUUGAUAUCUAUACAAAGUUUGAAUGACCAAAAGAUAUCAGAAACUUUCAACGUGGAAGAUAGAAGGUGGUUGCUGCUAUACUCGUUUCAAUUUAAAUUGACAAAGGUUAUCAUAACCUCAAUUUGAAUUGAAUUGAUGGCUAUCUUAAUCAAGUUUAUCCAGUUGCCUAUAAAAAGGCACGUCUUCGGCAGCAAACGGGGAGAAAGACUGGAGAGCAGCAAAACAAAAAGAGAGGGCAGAGAGGCAACGAAAGAAGAAAAAAAAAAAAAGGAGAGCGGAAAAGGGAGAGUGCGCACGAGACUGGAGUUCUACUGCAUUCCCUCCUUAAAGCUUUCCAAGAGAAGCCACGGACAGAGAACCACAUUUCAGUAGAAAAAGCUCCAUAAGUCACAGGUAUACAAUGAUUAUCUCCUGAAAUUACUGAAUUUCUGCUUUCAUGGUGCAGACAUUGUCAAGUGCUAAGAUCCAUGAAGCAUGGCCAAAAAUCUCUCUGGAGUGUCUAUGUUGCUUACAUCCUCAUAGUCUCCUGCUGGUGACCAAGGUGAUUACCACAUCAGCAAUCAUGGAGAAGUCGAGUUGCUGCCCACACCUCCCUGGCACAAAUCAAAACCACAAUGCCAUUCUUGCCUCACUUUGCUUCUCGAUGCCUAUAUGGCGGUGCGUCCUGCGUAUAGGUGGCGAAAGCAAAGUGAUCUUGAUGGUACUGCUCUCCUGGUGAAGGACCACUACGUCAACAAAUGAUGGUGCUCUCCUAGUGAACGACUGAUGGUGGUGAUUUUCUAAGCCUUGUUGAGUACCAACAAGGACUUUGCAGCAGCAAACAGUGUCAACAGAGCUUUUAACAAAGAAAAGCUCCAUCAAACCUCUUGCCUGCACUCGCACCCGCACCACAUACAGAGGCUCUGUCAAAGGAACACAAGCUGAUGAUGGGGAAAAGAAGACACAAUUGUUUCUGGUGCAAAUUGCUACUGCUGUUGACGAAGCCACAAGAGGGAGCUGGUACUACGCAGAUGUCAAAAAGACGAAGCUACAGCCCUGCCUAAUGCCACCAUCUUCAAGCUUCGACGCCACUACUGCUCGUGCAUACCCAAGUGGAGGAAGAAAACAAAAAUGAGCUGAGUUCUGUUGCCAUUCGUGUACCAGGGAGAGGCCAGCAAACCAGUGAAAGCUCCAAAGCUCGCCCCAAAUUUCCAUCACCAAUUGAUGAAGAAAGAAGGGGAAGUAGCGACACAUUGAUACACGUACACAGGACUUCCAUCGAACAGGUCGUAGGCAUCUGAUCCGCUGCUUAAACAUAAAUGCAAAACGAGCAAGUGAAUCCCUAUGAGUCAUCAAGAGAAGCACCGAAGAUUCCAGUUCAAUUUCCUAUACGCCAUCAGACUUUAUCCACUUGAAAAGAGCGAGAAAAAGAUGGGAAGAGCAAUUGAUACAUGGUAGCACUCAAAAGAGCCACCGAGCCAGCCAAGAAAAAUAUUUCAAUAUUUGUAGCAGAUGACCACUCCUACUUGUAUUGAUAGAAAAGGACAAUUAGCUAAUUUAAUAUGUGGCUGAUUAAAGUUUAAUAUGUGGUUCACAUAGUGGAACCAACGAAAUGGGUAGCAUGUUGCUCAUAUUUAUGU